AUGACUCCGCUGCUGCUCUUAGUGCUGUGCGUGGCUGCAGCUCAUGGCUGUGGUGUUGCCACCUACCCACCUGCUGUAUCCCGAGUGGUCAAUGGGGAAGAGGCUGUUCCACACAGUUGGCCCUGGCAGGUCUCCCUGCAGUACAUCUAUGAUGGAUUGUGGUAUCACACAUGCGGGGGAAGCCUCGUUGCACCCAACUGGGUUCUAACUGCUGCUCACUGUAUCAGUUCAGAGAACACAUACAGAGUGCAGCUCGGGAAACACAAUCUCCGACAGUUUGACUCCGGCCAGGAAACAAUCAAUGUCAUUGGACUUUUUAACCAUCCAAAUUGGGACCCAAACAGCCUAUCCAACGGUGAAGAUGAACGACAUUUCACUCUGGAUACAAAUGUGACUUACGGUGACACCAUCAAGCCUGCCUGUUUGCCUCCCGCUGGGCACGUCCUUCCAGAUCAGUUUGGCUGCUAUGUAACAGGCUGGGGGUAUUUGCAGACCGAAGGCCCAGCAGCAGAUAAGCUACAACAGGGGCUGUUACGAGUUGUGAAAUACGCAACCUGUGCCCGGUUGGACUGGUGGUUUAUUUACGUACGGACCAACAUGAUCUGCGCUGGUGGCGACGGCAUUGUUUCAAGCUGCUAUGGGGACUCUGGGGGACCACUCAACUGUAAGAAUGAUGAUGGUGCUUGGGAGGUCCAUGGUGUGGUCAGUUUUGGCUCAUCCUCAGGGUGUAAUUAUUACAAGAAGCCCUCGGUCUUCACUCGGGUCUCCAAUUACAACAGCUGGAUAAGUGAGACUAUGCUCAACAACUAAGACCUUAUGAAAGACCACCUGGAACAGCCCUUUCCAUGGCCUCCUAGAAGAUUAUAAAUCAGUAUUUUUAAGGGGACAGGAUAUCAUCUCUGAUGUAAACAAUGAGAGGGGCCAUUGAUUAUAUAUUGUAAAAACAUGCUUUUAAUUAAUAAAAAUAUGUUCUUCUUCUAAUGGAA